AUGGGGCACAGCUCUUGCCCUAAAUGUGGGGCUGCUGCUAGUGGCAUUAAAACUUGUGCUUCCUGUGGGUCGGUAAGUGUUCAUGGUUUCUCUCUCGUCCUCUGCUUGCUCUUCUCCCCGUCUUCUCGUGGCCCAAUCUCUUGA